CUGAGCAGCAGGAGAAAUGAAGCCCAUAAAAUAUCUCGGACGUCUGCACUGCUGCAGCGGUUGUGUGCACGAUGUCAAACGGGGACAGGAUGGUUUUAGCCCUCGGUGGAGCAGGAACUGUCGGCUCCGGGAUAGUGAAAGCUCUCCUGGACAAGGGUUUCAAGGUUGCUGUGAUCUCCAGAGACAGCAGCAAGUUGGAGAAACUUAAGGGGUUUGUUUCACCUAGCACAAAAAGUAACCUGACCACUUUAGUGGGGAAUGUCGGCUCAGAAGAAGGAGCGGAGGAGGUCAAACAGGCCUUGCUUAAGUCAGUGGGAAACAUCACAGAUGUGGUGUCCUCUCUGGGCUUCAGCUGGUGGCAGGGAGGUCCACCACACACUCAAACCCUCAAAGAACUGCACUGGGUUAUUGAGACUCUGCUUUUCAGCACCUUUGUGUCUUGGAAGGCGUUCUUUCCCCUGGUGAGAGAUGAUGCUAACUCCACCUACACGUUUAUCACAGGAGGUGCUGGAGAGAAAGUGCUCAUGCCGGGCACAGGGUUCCUGACUGUAGGGGCAGCCAGUGCCCUGUCGUUCUGUCAGGUCCUGCGUGAAGAGUACCCAGAGGUGCCAUGCAAAGUCAACCAGGUGAAAAUCAAUACAGGUGUGGCGGUUCCAGACCGAAUGGCCCCCGGGUACAUGAACCACUUGGAUUUAGGGGAGGCCGUGGCUACGCUGGUGGAGCGCCGCAACACGUCCCACACCAUCUUCCCUGUGAGCUGUCCUGCCGAUCUAAAAACUGUGAUCUUGGAGGGCAGUCUGUAAGCAAGGCCCAUCGGAUUUUCCUCUGUAUUCACUUUAUCCUGUUUGUAUGCAUGUAUUGUAUUUAAUGUCAACCAAACAUUUCUGUACUGUCAAACCCCAGCUUUGUCAUAGUGCAAUCAUAACCAUGAUAUACUCAUUGUGCUCAAAACAAAUCAAUAUAAUAACCAAUGGAAUGGUACAGAUGCUUUGGAGUGCAGCUUGGUGAAAACGCAGUCCCAGAUUUGUAAGUUUGACAUUGAAAAAGAGAGAAAAAUAUGGCACAUUGUUGGCACACAUGCAUCCCCAUAGCGUGACGACCUGCCCUCGUUCACUCAAUGCUUAACUGGCUGUUAUUUCCACGGCUCCAAUUAUUCCUAGCCAAUGUUUCCCAUUAUAAGUGUGUAGGGGGCAAGGGGUUCAGAAAUGGCCGGCCUUCAAACUGGAGGACAUUGUUGUCCAUAUUUGCUGUAAUCAUGACAUAUACAUUAACGCUUUGGUGACAGGGAUUUAAAUUUGCCACUGGAUUUAGUAAAGUGUCUAAUUAAAGGGGAAAGGAUGUGAGAAGGCUUCGUCAGCUUUUCACUGUAGUUUUGCAUUGAAUCAGUUUUUUAAAGUGAUAGCUCACUCAAAACUUACAACUUAAAACUUUCAUCCUCAUGUCAGUUCCAAACCUGUAUGACACACUUUCUUCUGUGGAACAAAAAAGAAAACUUUUUUUUUUUUUUUUGAAGAAAGAAAACCAUAUAGGUUUGAAAUUAGAUAUUAGAUUGAAUAGAUGAUGAGAAUGUUCAUUUUUGGGUGAACUCUCUCUUUAUAUCUUAAAUACAGACCAAAAAGUGUGCCAUUCUGUUUAUUCAACCAAAACAUAGUUUCUGUUACUCAGUUUAGUAUUUGUCUGAGUGAAAACAAUUAAUGGGGCAUUUAUAUUGUGUGUCUGAGAAAAUUUAAAUAAUAAAAAAAGAGAAAAUCUCCCAGACUCCUAAUUUCUUUCAAGUAGUAACCAACGUGACAUGUGCCUCAAAGCUGAGGGUGCGAUAUGACUGGAUUUGCCUGGAUUUCAUUAAAAAACAAGUUCUUAUUUCAAAAAUAGUUUGGUAAUUGAAAACAACGGAAAACAAAGUAUCCACUUUGGCAACCAAUGAAAUCCCUUUUCGUGAGACGGUACACUUCGAAUGCCAAAAUGACAUUGUUUCUCAUCAAUAUUUUCCAACACAAAACUCAUACUUGAAGGGAUAGCUCACCACAAAAUGAAAACAUUGUCAUUAUUUAUUCACCCUUAUGUUGUUCCAAAUGGGUUUUUUUUUUUCUUCAAAACACAAAAACUGCUAUUUUGAAGGACAUGAGGGUGUUAAAAAUAGGAACCAUCAGGGUUGCAAAAUCUCAGACCAAUACUAGUGCAAUCAGAAAUCACAAAACGUGAAUCUCAGUAAGUUUAAUUUAUAUGUAAUCUUACAAACUUGAAACAAAUCUCUCGCCAUCUUUGGUGAAUAACAGGAAGCAUCUAUCUGGUCUUGUCAUAUCAUCCAUUUAUAUAUCUUAAAUUAAACACAUAAAGAUCAGGGUUUGCAAACUUUCCAUAACCACUCUUGCUGUGUUUUGGUGUUUAACCCCAAGGCUUGUCACUGGUUAUUUUGGGUACCAGCUCUAAAACACAGACAGGAAUUGGUUCAUUUUGUAGAGGGACAAGACAAGUGGACUGGAAGGGAUUUAAAUGGCCGCCUAUAGACAAAGUCACACAGUGAAGCCAUUAGAGUAAUCAUCUUCCAUAGAGGGUAUUCUAGGACAGAGGUUAGCCUCCUGAUUCAGAGUGGCAUAUUUUCUCCUUUGGUCCGGGAACUUUCUGAACAAUCCAGCCAUCUGCCCAUCAGGCGACUCAGCCAUCCUCUGAGCAAAAGCUUCUCCCAGUUCUCUCCUUGCCCUUCCAAUUUUAACUAAUUUUAAUGAUUAAAAGGUGGUCAAAAGCAUGGAGGAAUUAGGAAAAGAAAAGAAAAACACCACCAAAAGAACACUAAACUGGGUUACAUAUGUCUUUAUUGUUCGAAAAUUCACAUGCCACGCACUUUCAAACCAUGCCCAUGUGCAUUAUCCAAUCCAAAGAUCAGGUAUGGAGAACUUGGGAAGGUUUUGUAAAAAACAUGGCCACUGUCUUUCAGGCAAAGAGAUUCAGGCUACAUUCAACUCACAUUACAUAACAUAUGUUCAGCAACAAACAUUCUGCUCAGACAAAAUAUAUAAAUAUAUACAUUUAUGCAUUUGCAUGCACACAUUUUAUUAUGCCUAUUUUCCAUUCAAUCCAUUCAACGUCAGACUGAAUACAUGGUUCAGCAGCAUUAAUCUUUCUUGCACAUCCAAUCUUUUUUUUUUCACAUUGAUUUCACUUCUUUGACUAUUAGAGUGAAAAGCAUUUAAAUAAGUUAAUAUAUUUAAAAAAAGAAAAGAAAUGCACAGCUUAGAGUUUAUGUAUAUAUGAUUGUUUUCAACAAUUUUUCGCCAUUUUCUCCUAACCAUUUAAGCUCAAAAUUGAUAAAAUGAUGAGCUAAAAUAAUACAAAAACUCUGAAUUAGUGUCACUUUUUAUAUGGUUUAAUAAAUAGGGUGUUACAGGAUGACAAACGCUAGUAGUGCUUUAGUCUUUCAUUUCCAUAGUAAAAUUCUCUGGGAAGUUCAUUUGGACAAGAGGAGAAAAAAAAUAAAAAUCAAAAAUGGGAUUAGAAUAUAUACACAUAAAAAAAAAA